AUGGUCAGCAGCCCGGGGCUGCUGCUUCUCGGCCCUGGGCAGGCGGACUCCGAGCCGCAGCUGCCCUGGGCCAGCAGCAGGCGGCAGCUCGCAGGGUGCCACCAGCGCCGCUGUAAAGCUGCUCCCGAGGCCGAGCUCCCAAAGGCUUUGCUGGCGCUCCUGAUGUCUCCAGACCGAGGAGGACCAGCAGCAGGGGUUCCACACUUGCCUGAGGCACAAGAAGCCACUCGGCACAAGCAGGGGGAUGCCCCUUGUGAGCGUGCAGUGAGUGAAGAUGUGGAGAGUGGAUUCUGCACCAGGGAUGGGAGUGUGAGGGAGCCCCUGGCUGCCCAGGGCACAUCAGCAACCGGCAACAAACACAAAAGGGACCUCAGAAGAUUCCUGGGUGAACGGCUCAGGCGCCAUCCCGAGGGCACGGCGCUGCUGAUCCUGCUGCUGCUGCUGCUGCUGCUGGCUCUGCUGGUGGCCUUGGCUGUGCUGGCAGCACCGCAGGCUCCAGUGACAGCUGCCACUCCACAGUGUGUUCUGGGCUGUCCCUUUGACUGGAUUGGGCACAAGGGGGUCUGCUACUACUUCUCAAGGGAUUACGGCACCUGGGAGCAGGGUCAGGAACGCUGCUCCGAGCUGAACGCCUCCCUGGCCAUUGCCAAGGAUGAGGAGGCCAUGGAUUUGCUCUUCCGCCUCCGCGGGAACGGCGAUUACUGGCUCGGGCUGCGCAGACGGGGCCAGCGCCUGCACUGGGGGGACGGCAGCAGCUACAGCUCCCGGGUUCCUGUCUUUGGCGAUGCCGAGUGCGUGUUCCUGGCUGACGAGAGAUUCAGGAGUGGGAACUGCUCCAAUCCGCGGCCGUAUGUCUGCAGCAAGGCCCAAGCUCCCCUGUGACGGGGGCUGCAGAAAGGACCUUCUCCACGCUGGGCAGUGCCAGCUUCCCCUCUCAGCCCAGCCCAGGGCUGUCCUUCCUCAGCUGCACCCUGUGCCUUGCACUGCCUCUCAGGGUCACCUCAGUGCCUGUCCAUCCCCAGAGCCAGCGCUGGGCUGGGGCUGCAAAGGAAACGUCUCUGCAAUCCAUCCUGCCACCCAUGCUGCCUGCAGGGAGUGCAGUGCCCUCAUGGCACAACCAGCUCCAGUGGGAAAUCCAAAUCGCCCUGGGCUUUUGGAAUUCAU